AUGGACGCCAAGAACCCCCAUGCUCACUCCACGGCUCAUCCUCCGGUCGCCUCCCACCAAGUCCAGCACACCCUCCCAAUCCUGCCCAUUGUGUCUCGGCCAGCACCAUGGGCUCACAGCAACAGCAAUCCAGCUAUUAAUCAACACCAGUCCUACCACUCUCACCCUCACCCUCACUCUUACUCCCACCCUCAUCCGCCUCAACCGUCGCAACUCCCUCCGGUUCUCUCCCCGCCCUCCUCCACACCGUCGCAGCCAGUGCCCCCCCAUGCUCCCCCUUCCUCGUCCAUGGUCUCCGAGCCCCACGACGAGACCAAUGCCGUGCAACAUUCAGUCGCCACGGAUUCGGCUCGUCAAAAUACUGGAAAGAACGCCGUAACAAAGGUCCGCAAGCCUCGCAAACAGGGCAAUGCCUCCCAGGGCCGCUCAACCCUCUUCUGGGUCCAUAACGACCCGCAGUCCGUCGCUGAAGGGACUCGAGAAGAGACACUGAAACUCAUCCGGUCCCAUGUCAUGUCCGAGCACAACCGCAAGAAGAGACUCGAUACCAACAAGCGGUCCAAAAGCAAGGCCUGGAAGCACCUCGCUUUUCAACCUGUUGAAACGACCGCUUCCAGCUCUGCGACUGCGGGCUCUUCUGCCACGGCGGCGCCUUCGGCCACCGAGUCGUCAUCUCGUCAGGCUUCGCGGAGGAAAUCACGAAAGACAGCACGCCCGGCUGAAAGUACUUCCUCUUCUUCGUCCUCGAAAUCCCCCUCUCCCGAUGAGCUUGUAAAAGAAGAACAAGAUACGGCACAUGGAGAUGUUGACGAGGAGUAUCCCAUGGUCUCUGGGGAUUCUGUGGAUAGUUAUGGGGUCGACGCCGAUAGUAAAGCCCUUGCUGUCCUUCACGAUCCCACACCGUAUACCUAUAUCGGCCAAGGGACGAGUGAUCCUUUCAAUACAACCCACACUCCGCUCUCAGAGCGCAUGUACCGGCAUCUGCAGCACUUCUUGUGUAAAUUGACACGACUCGCAUAUCCGCUGCAACGUCGAUACGGUGCUAAGCUAGAGGCCCAUUGGGCUUCUCUUGUAUCCCAUGACCCUGCCUCGCUCCACGCUUGCAUUUGCGUCGCGGCAACGAAUUCCGCACUCGAAUCUGGCGAAUUUCCAUUGACAGAUGAGAGAAAGAGCUCUAGCGUGCUGCUUCUUGACACGUUCCAUCACCGUGGAGAGACUAUCCGUCUUGUUAAUGAGGGCCUGUCAGAUCCUAUCAAGGCCGCUAGCGACGAGCUAAUUGCGGCAGUGUCAGUUUUGUUGACAGUAGAAAUUGCAACGGGAGAUCCAGACUACCUCAAGAUCCACCUUGCAGGCCUUAGGCAGAUGGUCGGGAUGAGAAUCAGCUUCGCCGAUGUUGCCGAUGAUGUUCGGUUCCAGAUUUCAUGGACCGAUAUUCGUGUCGCAUGCAUGUCUUUGACGAAACCAAUAUUUCCCUUCGUUCGCUAUUCCCGCCCGACAAACUACACCAUUACUCCUCCGACUAAAGAGCUAGAGUCAACAGCAUCCAGCUUGGCGUCCUUAAUUCAGAUACCCGGCAUCUUUGGUGAUGUCAUGUCCAAAGUAAUUUAUGACUUGGUCGAGCUCAUCUGGUACGCGGAAUGGAUUAAAGGCGGCCCGGAAGAACAAGAUUUUGACGAAGAGACCGAGUGUUAUUACAACACCGAGGUGCUCUACGUUGAAUAUGCCCUCCACAGUGACCGAUACACGUCAUCAGGCGAGGUCAAAGGGGAUGCAACAAUUGAGGGCUGUGUUCGCCUAGCCUGCCUGCUCUUCCACAACACUGCCAUUUGGGACUUCUACCCACACAUCGCGCCCGUGUUCCCGAGGCCUAUCAUGGCGCUGCACUUGGCGCUCGAGUCCACAAUUCGCGCAGGGUGCUACCACCUGUGCCGAGACCUGCUGAUCUGGCUGCUUUUCGUCGGCGCAUGCAGCACGCGCAUCCCGAACCAGCGGUCCUUCUUUGUGAACGAGCUUGCUUCCGCGGUGCGCCUGCAGAGGCUGCAGUCGUGGCAGGAGCUCCGCGCGAUUUUAUUCGGCUACUUCUACGUUGACCGGGUCUACUUGGGACCGUUACGAACAUUGUGGGACGAGCUCCAGGCAGUGCCAGCUCCACAGCAAUGUAUAAACAGUAAUUGA